AUGGCUCAACCCAUCGCUAAUAGUGGUAUGAACGUUGUUCUGCCAUACUUGGCUCGAGAUCCACUUUACAAGACUGAGAAGCCCUACGCAACCGACUUCGACGUCUCCACCAUACCAGGCGCGAAGGACACUAACCACAAGAUAGAGUUAGUAGAGCAUACUGUCCAUGAUGCACGUGCUACUUCGAAGAGUUUCAGCUUGGAGAAAAAUGGCUUUCAAUUCUUGAAGGGGCAGACGUGCAUUGACGUGACCAAUUGUGACGACGAUAACCUCAUCUAUACUAAGUUCCGACCUGAGAUAGCGGCCAUUUUACGCAAGCAUUUUCCAUUCUACAAAAGUUUUCGCUAUCUCGACCACCAGGUCAGGAAGCGCAGUCCACUCUUCCCGGGUAGCCCAGGAGAGCCGGUGAAUUUCGCUCAGCCAGCCUCGCUGCCGCAUGCAGACUUCACGACCCGUGGUGCUGUCCUUCGUAUGGCCGAGAAGUUUCCAGAGACAGUAUACUGCGACAUGGAAUAUGACCUGAUCAAUGCCUGGACUGUUCUCAGAGGUCCAAACAAUGACUGGCCGCUGGCAGUCUGCGAUUUCAACAGCAUCGACAGCGCAGCCGAUUGUAUCGCCAAUGACAUCAUACAUGAGAAUAGUGUUGGUGAAAACAGCCUGUUGUUUAAUAGCGACCGUCAUAGGUGGUAUUAUUUGGCAGAUCAACGUCCCGACGAUCUCAUCGUCUUCCGCAACUCAAAUUCGCUAGGCAAGCGUGCAAAUUCCUAUCAUGCGGCAUUUGAUACAGGAGCAGUCCAUGAACCAGCUCGACAGAGCAUAGAAAUUCGGUUUGCCUGCUUCCGCUAA